GAAACCUGUCUUUUUUAGACCGAUAUUAUUCGAAUAUUGCUUCGAAAUGGAGCGCAAGUGGAUGCCGUUGCUCGCGAGGGCCAAACGCCGCUGCACGUAGCCGCUCGUCUGGGCAAUAUUGAUAUUAUAAUGCUCAUGUUGCAGCAUGGUGCACAGGUAAAUGCUUGCACUAAGGAUAUGUAUACUGCCUUGCAUAUUGCUGCGAAGGAGGGCCAGGAAGAAGUAUGCCAGUUACUAAUUGAACAUGGGGCACAGUUAGAGUCUGAAACAAAAAAAGGAUUCACCCCACUACAUCUGGCUAGCAAGUAUGGUAAGGCUAAGGUAGCCGCAUUGUUGAUUAAAAAGGGAGCCAUCAUUGAUUGUCGAGGUAAAAACGAUGUAACACCUUUGCAUGUUGCCACUCAUUAUGAUCACCAGCCGGUGGUGUUACUGCUACUAGAGAAAGGCGCUUCUGCCCAAAUAAGCGCACGCAAUGGCCAUAGUGCCCUUCAUAUCGCUGCUAAAAAAAAUAGCCUAGAGACAGCACAGGAACUCUUGCAGCAUGGUGCCGAUGUUAACGCAACAAGUAAAUCGGGAUUUUCACCGGUUCAUUUGGCUGCACAGGAGGGACACGUUGAUAUGGUUCAAUUGCUGCUGGAACAGCGUGCCAAUGCCAACGUUUCAGCGAAAAAUGGUUUGACCCCAUUGCAUUUGGCUGCUCAGGAGGGGCACGUGCAGGUGUCACACAUCUUGCUCAAUUACGGAGCCAAUAUUUCAGAGCGCACCAAAGCUGGCUAUACGCCACUUCACAUUGCAGCUCACUAUAACCAAAUAAAUGAAAUAAAAUUUCUUCUCGAAAACGAUGCGAAUAUUGAAAUGACAACAAAUGUUGGUUAUACUCCCCUUCAUCAGGCCGCACAACAAGGUCAUACAAUGGUAAUCAAUCUACUCCUUCGACACCAAGCAAACCCCGAUGCGCUAACAAAUGUAAGUAACAUUUUCUAA